ACUAUUUAAUAUUUACUACAAAUAAAAUUCCAGAGAUUUUAGUGUUUUAGAUUAAUUUAGUCAUUAUUUAUUACCCAUUUCAUACUUUUUCAGUUCUAUUCCUUUUAUAGAAAUGUUAAAUUGUAUAACCAACAAGUUGACGUUAUUUUAUCAUAGUAGACCUCCAUCAAGUUACAACAAUCUUAAGGAAUGUGUGGCACUGCUUACUACACCCAAAACAGAUUUUAGCACUUCUUCUAUCAAAUUAGCCGGUUCAGAGAAAGAUCCUAAACGUUGGUUAGCGUAUAACGAUGUUAUUUAUCCACCACAAGAACCCGGUGAAGAGAGAAGACCAGCUUAUGUAUGUCACCAAAAGUUAAAUAUCAAAUAUAGUCCAAAAAAAAUGUGGUAUGUCGCAAGUUUUGUACGUGGCAUGUCUGUUGACGAAGCACUUAAACAAUUACCCAUGGUCGGUCGUAAAGGUGCCACUAUAGUGAAAGAUACUAUUUUAGAAGCUCAACAGCUAGCUGUUGAAAACCAUAAUGUCGAAUUUAAGACAAAUCUAUGGAUUGCCGAAUCAUUUUGUGGUAAAGGACCUGUGAUAAAAGGUAUGCGUAGACAUGCAAGGAUGCGAAUGGGUGAAAUAAUGUACAGGCACUGUCAUUAUUUUGUAAGAUUAGAAGAAGGGACACCUCCAGAAAAUUAUUAUUAUAGCUGGCCUAAGACAGGCCCAGCUCUGUUAGCCCAGUGGAUUGAUGAAAUCCGUGAUCGUAAAAUUCAAGGAUCAUUAUAAGUCAUAUUUAAAGAUAAAAAUUAGUGAUAAGAAAUAUAUUUGUUUAUGUAUUUACUAAAAUUAAAUAAACAAAUUUUGUAAACUUA